AUGACGCGUAAACAUUCCUCUUCACUCACUUCAUUCACUCUGCUCAGCAAUUGCUUCUGUCUUCAAUUCAAACCUGCUUCCCAUAACAUGAGGUUGCUUUACAAGGUUAUCAAGACUAGCAAGCGCAAUGAAACGAAGUAUAGCCACAAGCAGCUUGAACGACAUGUUCUCCGUCAGACUCGUGGGUCCAUGAGGGGGUUGUUGUACCACGCAGUUGAUAAUGUGGUGCAAAUAAGUCCCUCCUCCAUAUGGCCUCAUCCGACUUCUUUGGAGUCCACUUCCCGUUGGACCUAUCUGGGAGUCAUAUUAUCCCCAUUGAGCAGGCAGCUACCGCUGCUCACCAGCCAGGUGCUAAAGCAGGCACAAGUGAGUAAGCAGAGAUAUUCGCACCUUAUCGCUCUGUUAGAUAGAGGGACAGCAACUGAGAUACACAAGGAUGAUCCAAAUGAUGACAAGAAUGACAAUGGAGGUAUCUCAGCUCUCUUAAUGUGUUCAAUGAGCGAAGGAGAUACGGACCCCAAGGAUGCGUCUUUUGCAGUAGAUGCAUGUUGUGAUAGUGGAAAUGCCAGCAGCUCUAAAGAUGGCAGGGUAGAUGACUUGUAG